AUGCCCCCAACCCUCCUCCCCACUACAACCUCCACACUCCCCACCAGAGCAAAUCCGAGUCCGACAAACACGACAGCGGCAGACAAAGAACGAGAUAAACCCGCGCCCUCCAAACCCCGCCCGAUAACUUCGUGUGCCGCUUGUCGCCUCCGCAAGGUCAAGUGCGACCGUCUAACCCCCUGCACAGCCUGCACAACACGCAAACCGCCAACGGAAUGCACAUACUCGACGACGAGCGAGGAGCGCGAGGCGAUUGCGGCGGCGGACCUGAUUGCUGAGCUGCGGGCGACGCGGAAUAGAUUGCAGGGGCAGUUGGCGAACUCGAAGUCGGGUUCGUCUAUGUCUGCGGGCCCUGGUGCUGUUCCUCCUGGUUUUCGGGGUGCGGGAGGAUUACCGACAGGGUAUGAUUCCGGAGAGGGGGAAGAUGCUGCGGCGCUGGAGGCUGUGUAUGCGGUUUUGAGAGAGGGUUCGUGGGAUGUUGCAAGGGAGGUUGUGGGGAAGAUUAGGGGUGGGGAAGGGAUGAGGGGGGUUCUUGGGGAAAUGGAUGGAGGUGGGAGUACGACGACGCAGCUGUAG